AUGAGCGAGGCUGUUAAACAAGAAGCGCAGCGCGUGGAGCUUAGCUUCAGUUAUACGGUAUGUCUACUAUAACCUUCCGAUUACGGUAGCUAUUUCAGCUCGAAUUAUGGAUGUACGGCAUUGCGUUCUGCGUAGGCCUACCUGCUUUCAUUUUCACUGUUGCUCGACUUGCGCGGUUAGCAUUUCUCAACUUUCCAGACUAACAGAAAUGUCAAAUUUUGCAGUUCUCGAUCGUCUCGACAGCACUUGGUCCUUGCCGCUCGUUUAUUUUCAUAUAAAGUCAGUCUCUCCGUUGCCGAUUGUAUUGUUUUGUUCAUUUAUGCACCGACUCAAUUUGUAUGGAUUCACUCUUAUUGGGUAAUUCACAAAGGCACUCAAUUUUUCGGGAGUGAACAUUUUUUCAGUGGUUUGGGGGAGACGUCGGUUGUCGUCUUUUCAAGUUCAUCUCUACUUUCGGUUUUCAUUUGACUGCCAAUAUGCAGGUUUUAGUCGCUGCAGAUCGGCUCUUGAUUACUGCGAAAAUGAAUCGGGUUAAUCGUAAUGUACGUUCCGUCUCUGAAUGGGACAAAUAUUCGUCUAUUGUAGAUCAAAAAACGACAGUACAACACCCGACUCUCAUUGGCCGCUGCUUGGAUUCUGGCCUUGAUGUGUGCUUUUCCCCAACUUAUUCUUUUCCGCCAAAAGACCACUCCUCAAGGAUAUCCACAAUGCAUCUCCAUCUGGUAUUCCCCCCUUCCCCCCUCUCCUGUAAUUUCAUUUGAACAUCAGCUCUUUUCAGGACGGAGCACCGCGUGGACUUCUAUGACAAACUUGAACUAUUGGAGCAAUUUGCGUACAUGAAGCACGAGCUAGACAUCAAGUCACCUUUGUACUUUUACGAAAAUGGAACAUUGAAGGUGAUCAGAGAAGGACUGAAAAGGGGGGCGUCUAAACAAUUUUACUCUUCACUGGAGCGUGUCUUAUUUUGUGCAAGCGCGGUUAAUUAUGUCAGCGUACGAAUAGAGGGAUGGCUUCCAAAAAAACGACUUCGUUCCGACUGACGGAAAUGAAAUAAGAAAACGCGAUGAAAGGGAAUUCGGUUAGAACGAAAGGUCGGGAUGACUAGUCUUACUAAUGGGACAAAAGCGCGGGGACUGGCUGACCAUUGAUCAACAAUUUGCAGUAUCCGAAGGAAGAUUUCCCUCCCGAGCCCGGAUUCACACUAGAAGAACUGCACACUAACAAUCGAAAUUGGCUUUAUCUGGAGAGGGUACGCGCGGAAAUAAGCCAAUUUUGAGCUGUGAAUCCUUGUUUUUCAGCUGUACAACGUGCUUCAUCUAGCUACGAUCUGCGUGAUGCCUUAUGCAUUAGAGCUCGUUUGUUACACAUUCAUACUAUACAUUUUGAAAGGAGCCACUAAAGGGAGAUUCGUCACACUUUCAGACGUAAUUAAGGACUUGUAAGUUUUUAUUAAUUUUAGUGCACUCAACUAUUAUGUGUCAAAUUUUCAGUUUCUGCUGCUGCACACGACUUAGAAACCAUCAAUCUCCUACAGUAUCCAAUGUCACGCAAGAGUCGGAUAACUUGAUGACUCGCGUUCCUUCAAAAACAAAACGUGCACAGAACAUUGCACCGGAAGGUAAAAGCUGUGAGUGCUUGGUUCAUUUUGUUUGAUGAGUUGUAGCUGAAUCCAAUAAUUGACUUAAUUUUUGCAUGGUCUCAUUAUAGGCGAUUUGGAGCGUCGGCGAGCAGCGUCAGUCGACGUGCCGAUGAGAAUGAAGAACUCAUCAAGUCUGACGGUGGUCAUUGACGAGAAUGGCUCAGCGACCGGUGCGAACACUAACUGGCGCAUGACAUAAUUUAUUAAAUGUGAACUUUUCAGUCGCCACCCGUCCAGAGAUACAACCGGAUCCGGAGCAACCACCAAAGCCACUGGGAUUCUUUCAGCGGAUGCGCAACGCCUUCAUGGACUUGUUCCCAAACGAUACUGAAGAAGGUUCUGUUCAAAACAACAGAAAAAGAACAGAUCUGCAAUUAACCAAAUUAACAAAGCGAGAAGGUAGCCAUAGAUUAGAACACGGUGUGAAGCACGUCAGCAUGACAAAGGAGUCAACAGCUUUCGCAUUCUAUCCAGAGAUCCUACACGCAUGGAUGUUUCCGUUGAUUCUCUCUCGAUGAGUGCUAGAAACUUUCCCUUCGACGCUUUGUUCAUUAUUCUUCGAGUUUGUGCUCUCCCGAUUAGACGUUGUUUGUUUUCAGUACGAAGACAGAGUGCUCCCGCCAGUGCUCGCUCCAACACGAUGUGGGUGGUCACCGUGGACACGGCGCGACGAAAUGCCCGGUGGAAGGUAUAGUAGCUCACCAGCAAUACACCAAAACACGUUUUAUAGGCAUUCAUUAUGCUUUCGCUCAAUCUGUUCUUCUGGGCUCCGUACUGCAUCCUUGCCAUCACAUCCUCAGUCAUAAUUUCGCAAUACUUGACCAACUUUCAGUUCGUCAACGCUCUAGUCACCUUCAACGCCGUUUCAAAUAUUAUAUUAUAA